GUUUAACUUAGGUAGAGAUCAUUUAAAACACUGUGAUUGGUCGAAAUCUAGUUCUCAACAACCAAUCAGAUUUGAGUUUACACUUUUCGUCGGUGUUUACUUAUAAGCUCCGACACUCAAUAUGCUGGAAGAACGUGAUUAUUGUUGAUCAAGAGCAAUGUGGUAUAUAAUGGAGACGGUACAACGGUCGUAUGAAAUGUCUGAAAGACUGAUCAGGGCCAUCAGCAACUGGAACUUGGUGGACCAACCUUUCGAUGAUGAUAUAGAAGAACUAAUCAACAACGGUGCCGAUGUGAACCAACCCCAUGGCUCUUUGCUUCCAUUGCACUGUACAUGCAUGGUCAGUGAUGCUGAGUGUCUGCAACUGUUGCUGCAAAAUGGUGCCAGAGUGAAUGACUUAGAUGGUUACCUGAGGACAGCUUUGCAUUAUGCAGCCGAGAAAGACGAACAGUGCAUACUGAUCUUACUGCAACAUGGGGCAAACAUAAAUGCACGUGAUGGCAGUGGCAACACCCCGUUACACUGGGCCUCGUACAAGAACAAGAUUGAAUGUGUCCAGGUGUUAUUGCAGCAGGGGGCUGACCCUGAUGUCCGCAACGAUAACAGUGACACCCCCCUCAGCUGGGCUGCACUGAAGGGGAACCUCAAGAUCAUCCAACUACUUCUUGAAUAUAACGCUGAUCUGUGCAACAGAAACACUAGGGGUUACACACCUUUAAUGCAGGCUGCCUAUGUCCAGAGUAGAGGGUUGAACUGUUUGGACAACACAAGUCUUGAAUUGUUAAUUAAAGCUUCAGGUCCAUCAGGUAUGCACAGUAAAUGUGUAGAUUUGAUUUCAGAGCUUUGUCAGGAUAACAAGGUGAAGAAGUUGCUAUUGUCACUGUGUAGGAACCCUUGUGCGCUACAAAAUCUUUGUUGUCUGGUCAUACGUAAAGCCCUGGGUUACUGUUAUCUACCAGAGGUUAUACCUAAACUACCCCUACCAACUCAAUUACAAAAAUUGCUCAUGUUGCAAACCUAAGCAUUGACAUGGCUUCAUGACUCCUUUUUUUGACAAUGGUUGAACAAUGAGUGAGUGCGAUACAUAUGAAUGUGAUUUCUCUCUCUUCAUCUCUCUCUCAUCCCUAUCUCCCUUUCUCUUUCACUUAUUACUCCCUCUCUCUUUUCGUUCUCUCACCCCUAUCUCCCUUCCUCUCAUCCCUAUCUCCUCUCUAUCCCUUUUUCCUCCCCUCUCAAAUACCAUUUAUCUUACCAUCUAUUUCUCACCCUGUUCUUCACAUAAACCCAUAAGGAUCAGUUUUUAGCUACCUCCUGCCCUUCCUUGACCUUCAUUUGGUUCCAUCAUUCCAGAUUCUCUUCAGGCUUCAUCUGCAAUCUGCUACAAGCAUCAUGUGAUGAAAGUAACCCCCAAUAAACUGAAGGGACCAACUUGUUUGCUUCUUGGUUUGGAUGGAUCAGAGGUGAUUUGUUGUAAGCCCUCUUUUUCUAAUAGCUCCCACUGCUUUAUAUAUUAGGCCGCUCUUCUAAGGCCUCUUUCUACUCUAUAUCAUAUAAAGCACUCUUCUAACGCUCUUUCUGCCCUUUCUAAUUUCACUUCUAAGGUUUCUUCUGUCCUCUAUAAUAAAGCUCCCUUUUAAGGCUCCUUCUGUCCUUUAUAAUAAAACUCUCUUCUAAGGCCAAUUCUGCCCUGUAACACACUCUUAAAGCUCCUUCUGUUCCUGUAUAAUAAAUCUCAAUUCUAAGGAUUUUUCUGUCCUCAAUAAUAAGGCAUCAUUUCACUAUUCUAAGACCCCCUUCUGUCCUGUAUUAUAAAGCAUACUUUUAAGUCUCCUGUCCAGUGCAAUAAAGCUCUCUUUUAAGGCUCCUCCUGUCCUAUAUAAUAAAGCUCUUUUAAGGCUCCUUCUGUCCUAUAUAAUAAAGCCCUCUUCUAAGGCUCCUCCUGUCCUAUAUAAUAAAGCUCUUUUAAGGCUCCUUCUGUCCUAUAUAAUAAAG